GAGCCUGAAAAGUUCGUGGAAAUAGACAACCUCGCGGAGGUUGGCUGAAUGUUCGCAAAGUGAAUUGCACUUGAAACUUAAGAUUUUAUUUUAUUCGCAUCCAGUUGGGUAAUGAAAAGUCCGCUAAUACUCGAGUUGAUACGCGUACGUUGAAAGGGGAUUGACUCGCGGCAUUGGCCGGCGUUAAACUUGUUGUUCCUUUAAGAAAAAAUACAGUGCUUCGCAGAAAUAAGAAAUAUGGCGGUACCCACUACCGGUGUAGUUGUUCCACGAAACUUUCGCUUGCUGGAGGAAUUAGAACAGGGUCAGAAAGGUGUAGGGGACGGUACAAUUAGUUGGGGAUUAGAAAAUGACGACGACAUGACUCUUACACAUUGGACCGGGAUGAUAAUCGGACCACCCAGAACGCCGUACGAAAAUAGAAUGUAUAGUUUGAAAAUUGAUUGCGGUCAGAGAUAUCCAGACGAUGCGCCCAAUGUAAGAUUUUUAAGCAGAAUCAAUAUGAAUUGUAUCAAUAGCACUACCGGAGCUGUCGAUAAUCGCAGUGUACCGGUACUUGCAAAAUGGCAAAGGGAAUACACAAUCAAGACAGUUCUACAAGAGCUUCGUCGUUUGAUGACGCUCAAAGAAAAUAUGAAACUUUCUCAGCCACCAGAGGGCAGUACUUUUUAGCCUAACCACACAUAAAUUUAUCAUUUCUUCCUUUUUAUGGUAGCACGAGGCGAGAUAUGAUAAUAAAGGUACCGAAUAAUACUAAAAUGGUGCCCGAUGGAAAUUUAUGCUAAGAUGUAACGCCUUUACGAAAGAAAGGUGAUAAUAGCUUGAAAAGUUGGAUAUGAAUUUUGUGUUUAGGUAAGCCGAGAGCUGUUUGUCCUUUAAAUUUUAGGUCGUGUUUAACCAUUCGCAUGUUUCUAAUGUAAAAAGUUAUUUGUAAUUUUAGGUAAUAAAACUGUUGCGCGAUAGCCGUAAUGUUUCUCGUCUUAAGAGAUUAUUACCGCUUACUGUUUCUGAGAUGCUUAUGAGGUAUGUGCUUGCAAGACGUAUUAUUCCAACUUUUCAAGCUAUUAUGAUAUAAAAAAGUAAAAGUCACACAACAAAUAUUUUGAACCUUAAACUGGAUACACCGAUUGUCUAAUAAAAAUAAUAAUCAGUAAGAACAAUUUAUGCCUUUGAAGUUUUUUAAAUGAAAAAGAAAAAGAAUAAAAGAAAAAAAAAAAGAAAAAAAAAAGAAAAAAGAAAAAGAGAAUAAGGAAAGAAAGGAAAAGAAACAAAAAGUAGCCUCUAAUACAAGCCAACUAAUAUUUCUGUUUAUAGAUAAGUGCCAUCUUUUAUGAUUUUAAAAUUAUGAUUUCAUGGAGUUGUCUCAAUUAUUAUAGAGGCGAAUCGCCACGAAAAUUUCUAAACCCAUGUAAAUUUUGAUAAACUGAUUAAAAAAUUGGUAACGCGUAGGUAGCUCGAAUUUGUAAUUCGGAUACGUUGAAGCGGUUCAUGGAACGAAAUCGUCAUCGGAGUAUAAUCGCUUUGAUAUGACUAAACGGCAAGAAGUUGAAUCGAGUUUUCUCUAAACGUAGAUAAAUUCUAUCUAAUUUAAGAAAAAUCUAACAAAAGUUAGAUUAUUGAAAUUAAUUUGUCAAGAAUCUUGUAUAAACAGAAUAAAAUUGGACAUUUGACGUCCGUUUAUUGAGACAUCGUCCAAAUACGGCCUCUUACUUUAUACAAAAGGAUAUGUCAUACUAUUUGGAUCACACGUCGUCUAAUAAAUAAACAACGUAAGGUGAUCAUAACAGAAAUAUAAAAGGUCGUAAUUUGAUUCAAAGUAGAGGGUAGGGUAACAUAUAAGGUAUAUGCGUUGCACCCGGCAGGAGUACAUUGAUCUAUGAAGCAUUGCAACUUACAUUUUCAUUUACCUUUUCAUUCCAGUAUAAAUGCGACACGACUAUGUAUAUUCCGAUUAUAUUUAAAUUUGGUAAUCCAUUUAGAAAAUGUGUACAUGCUUAAUAAAUACAUAUUUAUGUUAUAAGCUUCAUAA